AUGGCCACCACCAUGAGCCACGUGUUCGAGUACGAGAACGAGUUGAACGACAACCUGUACAACCUCAAGUUGUCAGCUGACAACAAGAGGAUGAGCAACGCCAAGCGCCUGCGAAAGCUGCUGAAGCCACUGCUCCGUCUGAUGAGAAAGAAGACUUCAAACAUCAAGAGCCAUCAGAAGGCCGAGCCCCAGCAGGAGAUCUUCACCGAGGAAGUUGACAAUCAGAACAACAGCAACGAGGCCCUCGAGCAACGUCUCCUAGCUGAUCUUGCAAGUGCCGAGGAGGGAGCUGCCAUCACAGUGUGCCUAGACGGUCAAAUGACAGUUGUGCCUGUGGUUCCUGGUCAGUGCUAUGUGCCAGUUCACUUUGCCCACACCUGCGCCGGUGACUUCUACUGGACAACACUAGCCCUCACCGACAGUGAUCUCUGCUACAAGGAGUGUGCAUUCUCCCAGAAUCAAGUACCCGAGAUGCAAGUGGCCUGA